AUGUCAAGAAAUUUGAAAAGACAAUUGAGAGACCAAUUCAUUGAUUUCACAGAUACAACAUCAGCUAUAGCUGACCAAUUUUUGAAAAGUUCCAAUUAUGAUCUAGAACUGGCAAUCAAUGAAUACCUGUCUUAUCAGGCCUCCCCAAAUCGUAAAGAUAAUAAGAAGUUGACACAAAUUUUCGAUAAGUAUAAAGACGCAGAAAAGGAUAUAAUAGAUGUUGACGGUACCUUAAGCUAUAUUGAUGAUUUAGGAUAUGAACCAGAAGAUAGAGUGGCACUUGCAUUGGCAGAAUUUUUGGAAUCACCUUCUGCUGGUGUCUUUAAAAGACAAAAUUUUGUUUUGAAAUGGCAAUCAAUACAACUUUUAUUAGCACCUGCUUACGGUACUAAAAUCGAUAAAUGGAUAGAAUUUUUGAACGUUGAAUGGAAGCAAGCCAUAAGUAAAGAUACUUGGAACAUGUUCUUUGUAUUCUUACAAGACUACGAAAAAGAUCCAGAAUUGAAAAACUAUGAUGAAACAGCAGCAUGGCCUAGUAUUAUUGAUUCUUUUGUGGAGUAUAUUAAAGAAGGUAAUUGA